CUUGCAGGUAUCCGCUCCUGGGACAUCGACCUCACAGCCUGCAACCUGGAUGAACAGCUAAAGCUCUUUGUGUCCCGCCACUCAGCCACCUUCUCCAGCAUCGUGAAAGGUCAGCGGACCCUCCACCACCGGGGAGACGUGCUGGAGACCCUGGUGCUGCUUAACCCUUCGGACAAGUCCCUGUGCGAUGAGUUGCGGAACCUCAUCACGGACGUGUCCCAGCACAAGCUGCUGGUGUUCGCGGGGCCCUGCGUGGAGGAGACAGGGGAGCUGAUGCUGCAGACGGGCUGCUUCUCGCUGCGGGACUUCAUCCAGAUCUUCACGGACAAAGAGGUAGGAGAGAUGCUGAGCUCUGCAGACCCCUCUACCAAGGCCAGGCUGACCAUCAGCUGCCCUGACUUUGGAGAGUGGAAGGACUCUGGUUUGGACCAUCACAACCUCCAGGACUUCAUUGAGCUGCGGUACAACCCAGGCUGCAUCCUGCCGGAGAUGGAGGGGCUGGAGGAGUUUGUGGAGUACCUCUCGGAGUCCCUGGAGCCCCAGUCCCCCUUUGACCUCCUCGAGCCCCCCACCAUGGUCGGUUUCCUCAAGCUCUCCAAGCCCUGCUGCUAUAUCUUCCCGGGUGGGAGAGGGGAUUCGGCCUUCUUUGCUGUCAAUGGCUUCAAUGUGCUGGUGAAUGGGGGCUCCAAUCCCAAGUCGUCCUUCUGGAAGCUGGUGCGGCACCUGGACCGCAUCGACUCCAUCCUGGUGACGCAUGCAGGCACUGACAGUUUGCCUGGUGUCAACAGCCUGCUGCAGAGGAAGCUGGCGGAGCUGGAGGAGGACCCGUCCCAGGGCGCUCAGGGCAACGGGGACUGGGCGAAGAACCUCAUCUCCCCAGAACUGGGCGUUGUGUUUCUCAACGCCUCUGAGAAGCUGAAGGACAUCGAGGGCAACUCCCGGGUGCUGAAGAGCUGUGACGAGGCUGCCCUGACCCUGCACUACCUGGACAAGUUGGGCAUCCUCCCCAACCCGCUCGCACGGGAUAGUGGCCCCCGCGUGGAGCCCACUGUCCUCUUCCAGAAGAUGGGGGUUGGCCGGCUGGACAUGUACGUCCUGAACCCUGUGAAGGGCACCAAGGAGCUGGAGUUCCUCAUGCAGCACUGGUCAGGCAAUAGCUACCCCAAGGAGCACGACUUGCCCCUACAGUGUCUGACCUCUGUUUGUGCCCUGCUCGUCUGGCACCCCGUCAGUCCCUCCGAGAAGAUCAUCAGGGUCCUCUUCCCUGGCUGCACCCCACAGGCCCGUGUCCUGGAGGGGCUGGAGAAGGUGAAACACCUGGAGUUUCUCAAGCACCCUGUGGUCACCAAAAACGACUUGAAGGGGCUAUCUGCACCCCAGCCUGAGAAGCAGCUCAAGCAGAGGAGGACAGAGAGCAAGGAGAGCCUGAAGUCCUCUUCCAAGCUGAGCCUGGUGGACACUGGGACGCCAGCACCAAAGGAGAAGGCUCCAAAGACGGAGAAGAAGGAGGUGAAGUCAGGGACCAAGGAGAAGCCAAGAUUGCUGGGGGAGAUGACUAGAACAGGGUCUGAGGAGGAGAGAGCCAAGGAUGCUCGAGCCAAGCUGGACUCCUCGAUGGAGAAGCUCAAAGCAGACACAAAGCCGAAGGUGAGUAAGGAGAAAACUCUGCCCAAGAAGGAGCCUCUUGCCCGAAAAGAGGAGAAGAAGCCGUUGAAGAAGGAAGAUGGGACUGAGGUCAAGGGUGAAGCCAGGAAGGAGGUGAAGACAGUGAAAAAGGAAGUGAAGGCUGAGACGCUGCGAAAGGAUGUGAAGGACAGCAAGGCAGAGGGCAAGGCUGCUGCGAAACCCACGGCCCGGAAAACACCGGGCCCAGACACCCGUAAACCCUUGGUCAAGGCUGGGAGCAUCAAGAAAUCCACCCUCAAGAAGGAGCCAGAGAAGCCCAAGGCCAAAGUGCCCAAGGAGGUGGGUGACAAGAAGGAGCCAGGGGCAUCGGAUGGCUCCAAGUCCUCCUCCCCUGAGGACAUGCUGCCAGAAGCUGGGCAGGGCCGGGGGGCUGCAUCACCAGGAGCAGAGGGGAGGAGGAAGGAGGAGUCAACAGAUGAAGGCAUCACCACAGCAGAGAGUGAGCUGGAGCCAUCCCCGCUGGAGAACGGGGAGGCUGGGGCACGUGCUGGGCCAGGGGCUGCUGACUUGGGCUGCAUGGAGAAUGGCCUGGAGGACCCCGACAGCCCCCAGCGCUUCCGCUACCUCGAGAGUAGCCCUUUCAAAGCCAUCGGCCCCCCGUCGCCUCUGGCCAAGACCCCCAAGAGCGACCGCAGCGUCAACUUCGACCUGACGCCUACCGGGCUGCUCAACCACUGCCCGGAGGGUGGUGAGGACCCUUGCGGCAGCUCUGAGGAGAAGACCCUGGAGAUGAUGUCUCCGGCCAGCUCGGGGCCUGCCAGCGCCGGACACACUCCCUUCCACCAGUCCCCGGGCCCGUCGCCUCUGGCCAAGACCCCCAAGAGCGACCGCAGCGUCAACUUCGACCUGACGCCUACCGGGCUGCUCAACCACUGCCCGGAGGGUGGUGAGGACCCUUGCGGCAGCUCUGAGGAGAAGACCCUGGAGAUGAUGUCUCCGGCCAGCUCGGGGCCUGCCAGCGCCGGACACACUCCCUUCCACCAGUCCCCGGUGGAUGAGGCAGGAGAGGAGCCGGGUGCCGGCACCAACGCCAACAAGCAGCCCAACUCCUGGCCGCCGGCCGCGGCCAAGGUCUCGCGUGACAGCUCCAGCUCCUCGCAGGAGAAGCAGACGGGCUGCCUGUCCCUGAGCCCCUUCAAGGACGACGUCCCUGAUGUGUCCCCCACCAUCACCACCCCCUCGCUGCCGGCCGAGGUGGGGUCCCCACACUCCACCGAGGUGGACGAGUCACUCUCCGUCUCCUUUGAGCAGGGGGGGGCCGGCAGGGCAUCUCCGGCAGGCUCGCGAGCUGCAGCCCCCCCAGGGCCCCCUGUCUACGUGGACCUGGCCUACCUGCCUGGCUCAUGGAGCGCCCGGACGGUGGACGAGGAGUUCUUCCGGCGCGUGCGCUCCCUCUGCUACGUGGUGAGCGGCGACGACCACCUCAAGGAGGGCGUCAUGCGGACCAUCCUGGAUGCCCUGCUCGCCGGCAAGCACCAGUGGGGCACCGACAUUCAGGUGACCCUGAUCCCCACCUUCGACUCGCUGGUGAUGCACGAGUGGUACCAGGAGACCCACGACCGGCAGCAGGAGCUGGGCAUCACGGUGCUGGGCAGCAACAGCACCGUGGCCAUGCAGGAUGAGACCUUCCCCGCCUGCAAGGUGGUGUUCUGAGGAGGGCUGCGGUGACAUGACCCUCCCCAGCCAGGGGGAGGAGGCCACAGGGGAUUCAUCCCACCUUCCUCCUCCUCUGCAUGCCCCCUCUCUCCCUCCCUAUGACUCAGGGCUGUGCUGGCCACUGAGCCUUGGAGGGGAGGGAGGGGAAGGGUCUGCUGGGGAGGAAGGAGAUGGGGUCAUCCCCUCCCUCUGGAUGGGCAGGGGCUGCUGGGGGCCCCAUGGGGCCCACGGCACCCAGGUGUGCUGCACCGUCACACACCGUGUGGUUAGCGCAUGCCCACGCCGGAGUCACGCGCUCCUCACUCUGCACCGCCGCAGCCCCGGCAUAUGGGGGG